AUGUCUGCCCGAAUAUCAACCCGCAUCAGCAUCCGCUGGCCGCCAGAGCCUGCUUCUGAGCCCACGGAUACCCUUGUCCUCAGUCUGGGCGGCUACUAUGUUGACCUACGCAUCGAUAAAGCCACAAAAGGCAUUGACUGGGCACUGGCCGGGCAGAGGAUUGUACUCUCGGAAGAUCCUCUCAAGGUUGAGUUCACGCACCCGAUAGAUUCACACUGCAGCAGACCCGGCGAUGAAGGUGAGGGACAGGUCGACGUCGGCGACUUCACGAAGCUGCCAAACGGCGAUGAUCUGGAGACCGGAGAGAUGGCUGCACCGCACAUGGGUGGCCGAGUGAUGCCUUAUGAGGAGAUCUGGCGAGAGCUUGAUGACGACCUGUCGAAUGAAGCAUGGAUUCUGGAAGGUACGGAUGAGACUCGAAAGACGUUUUAUGGGCGCGUCGGCGGUUAUUUCCUGGCGAUGCAGCGCCAUACUCAACCUAACACAGAAGUCUACCAGUACUCUGCAGUCAGGGAAGACCUGCAAAAUAACGAAUGGCACAGAAAAUAUGCUGUUGGGGAUGUCAGCGCGAUAUUGGCUGCUGAGGCAAUAUCCGGCGCUGCAGGCUGGCAUGUUGGAAAGGAGAUUCAUCUUGGCAAUGGCGAGCGAUAUAUCGUACGAGCUUUGUCACAAUAG